AUGCUGGAUGCAGAUUUUGAUAAAGAAAAUCUUGAUGAAAUCGAACUCUAUAUCUCUGAGAAGCUGGCCAAUAGGAAAAUCAAUGUGCUGGCAUGUGAAAGGCAGUUUCCUCAUCUUGCCCAUAUGGCUCGUGAUUAUUUGGUAAUUACAGCAUCCUCCGUUGCUUCUGAACGUGCCUUCUCUGCUGGUGGAAGCAUGAUUACGAAUAAGAGAUCUAGCUUGAUGCCUAAGACCAUAAGAGCAGCACAGUGUCUCCAAUCAUGGAUGCAGGGGCCAUUAAAAGGAAAGUUAGAUAACUAUGUAACAUGA